CUUAGUCGUGAGAACGCGGUCUUUGGUUAACGAUGUGCAAUUCGUGAUGCGUGUAUGUGUGUAAGCGGGUGUGAUCGAUAGUUUGUAUAUGAUAAAGAUUCUUUUUUUAAUUUUUUUUACUUAUACUUCAGUUUGUUUCUCGAUAAGCGCCCGCGAGGGUGAAGUGAAAUAUUCGCGCGAGAAAAGAAGAUCGAACUGAGGAAAGACGCUGGUUGGUCAGAGUUAUCGACAUUUACGCGAGAGCGAAGGAGCAUGGCGUGCGGACUGUGGCGAGCCCUGUCCAGGCGACGUCAGGAUGACAUGGUGGAGAGCAAAAGCGAGCUCGCCCGGGUGCUCGGGCUCUUCGACCUGACAGCCCUAGGGGUCGGCUCGACUCUCGGGCUCGGGGUGUACGUGCUGGCGGGCAGCGUCGCUAAAAACACCACCGGACCUUCCGUCUGCAUAUCUUUUGCCAUUGCCGCGGUCGCCUCGGCUUUUGCGGGCAUGUGUUACGCCGAAUUCUCAUCGAGGGUGCCCAAGGCAGGCUCCGCCUACGUCUACAGUUACGUGACCGUGGGAGAAUUCAUAGCUUUUGUCAUUGGCUGGAAUUUAAUACUGGAGUACGUGAUUGGUACGGCGAGUAUGGCCAGGGGUAUAAGCAGCUACAUCGACGUGCUGACCAACAACACGAUACGAAACGCCCUGCAAUCGUCGAUGCCGAUAAACGUGCCGUUUCUGUCCAAGUAUCCCGAUUUCUUCGCCCUCGCGAUGGUCGCGCUGCUCACGAUUUUCCUCAGCAUCGGAGUCAAGGAGUCGUCGAUGCUGAAUAACGUCUUCACCACUGUCAAUUUGGUCACCAUAGCCAUCAUCAUCGUCACGGGUAUUGUCAAAGCGGACCCGAAAAACUGGUCGAUAGAUCCGUCAUUGGUGCCGUCGAACUUCACGAACGUCGGCACCGGGGGCUUCAUGCCCUUCGGCGUGAAGGGCAUCAUGAGAGGCGCGGCGAUCUGUUUCUACGGCUUCGUGGGCUUCGACGCGGUCGCGACCACAGGCGAGGAAGCCAAACGGCCCCAGCGCAACAUACCCCUCGCCAUCGUCAUCUCCCUGACCAUCAUAUUCUUCGCCUACUUUGGCGUAUCUACCGUGCUCACAAUGAUGUGGCCGUACUACGAUCAGGAUCCGGACGCGCCGUUUCCCUACGUGUACGACCGUAUCGGUUGGCCAACCGUCAAGUGGAUCGUCAACGUCGGGGCGGUGUUCGCCCUGUGCACCAGCUUGCUCGGCGCCAUGUUCCCCCUGCCCCGAGUUCUUUACGCAAUGGCCAGUGACGGGGUCAUCUUUAAAUUCCUCGCUGUAGUGCACCCAAGGACCAUGACACCUCUGCUCGGCACCAUGCUCUCGGGGAUUCUCACCGGUAUGCUAAAUCCUAGCGCGCUUACAUGUCCAUUAUUUUUGUACAACUCUGCGAGAGUUGACGAGAAGGAAAUUCCUCAUCUUCUCGCCUGUCAAAGGUACCAAAUGGAAGAGCUGCCGGCAAAAAUGUCCAUCGAUAUGGACAAACCAACGGCGGACCAGUACGCGAGCCCAAUGAGCUUUUUCAAGCAAAUUUUCAAUAUCCACAGCCAAAAGCAACCGAACGAAUUCACAACCCGCACGGCAAAAUACGGCGUUUUGUUUUUCAGCAUUGCCGUCUUCAUCGUCGGUCUACUACUGAACAGUUCCACGAUUUUCGUUGACGUUUUGCCGACAAUCGUGUUUGCGAUGGUAGUUCUACUGGCACUCCUCAUAGCCACCGCCAUUAGCAGGCAGCCCAUACAACAAAUCGAUUUGUCUUUCAAGGUCCCGUUGGUGCCGUUGAUACCCUGCCUCAGUAUCAUGAUAAACCUAUAUCUGAUGCUGCAACUGGACGUUUACACGUGGAUAAGAUUUUCCGCGUGGAUGAUAAUAGGAUUUUGCAUUUACUUCUUCUACGGUGUCAGCCACAGCGUGCAGGGCGAGCGGGAUCGAUUGAACGCAAAUAUCAUGACUCGAAAAUAGGUACAUCAUCAAAACUGUAACAAAGUGUUGGGCUCGUAACCAUGUGGGUGAUUCUGCCGUAAAAGGCCAAUUUCGUGUCCAGAGCUCAUGCCACUACAACAAACUUAAAUUUGAUGUUCAAAUUGCGUGAAGUUGUGUUGAAAGUGUUAAACCUACUUGGAGAAAACUUUCAAGCUGAUGCAUUGACUUCUCGAUGAGAUAAUUAAGAAAAUAUAAUAAAAAGUUCAUUUCCGUACCUUAUCCCAAUCUCAAUUUCGCACCUAAAAGCUCCUACUUGGAAAAAAAAGCUUUUCUUACAUAUCUUCGCACAUUAAUUUCAUCGAGAGUUUUCAUUAAAUGUAUCAAGUGUCCCACGAUUCGAACAAACGUGUCGGUUAUAGUGGAAACCGCUUUGAGAACCACACUGUUGCCACGUUUCGUAACACCUUUUCAUAGUCAAUUUUUUAAUCUCACAUCGUAAGAAGACAAACGCACAGGCCAAAGCUGUCAAAAAUUUCAACUUCUUUGAUCGAUACAUAUUUUAAUUUUCAAUUUUCGAGUGUACAAAAAUUUUGAUCGCUUCCGUCGACCGCCAGCACUCUGUUACUCACACAUAUAAUUAAAAAUUCUUUUCCUACCUCGGGCAUUUUUGAGAGUCGGGUGUGCCCUCGGUAGGAAAAAUAGGAUUUGCCGCAUAAGUGCCAUCGCUCCGCGGCUAUCUUACGUCGCAAAAUGGCCCUGUAAGGGAUGGCACUUAUCCGACUAAAGCUAUUUUCUUGAUACUGUUUAUUGACGACGGACGUUUUGUAAGCGGAAAAUAUGGUUUAUAUUAAAUAUAAGAGCAGCAAUAGUACUUCAAAGCUCCGAAUGUCAAUUCCGUACCCCUCAAUGGUAAAAAUGUGUCUCUUUUUUUAGCUUUCGUGCAUCGUAACUUUACAAAACUUUUUUUCCAGUAUUGUUGGGCUAAAACAUGAUAUAUGUGUCUCGGCAUUUCGUCUAAUUGGCCUUUUUUUCGCGAGAUACGUCGAUGAAUAUCGAUUCCACUUCCAGCACUAGUAGCAAAGGAGUACACUUUUUUAAGUGGUUCAAAAUAGGCUCAAACAACUGUUUAAACGAAGUUUUAUGAAUUGAAAAAAAAUUUGUUGAAUUUGGUGCCACCGAUCAAAAGUUAUGGGGAUUUUUUUUUAAUUAUAAACUUGCGGGAAAAAUCUACGAAAUCUCAUUUUCAGCCAUUUUUAUCGCUCCUCUUUUAACAGCUAUAACUUUUGAACGGAGAGACACUAGAUGGAACAAAAUACUUUUUCAAUCGAUAGGGUUUAAUCCUAACUUUUAUUUCAUUUGGAUUAGAAUGCUUCAACUAUACAAGCAGCUUAGCUACAUGCAUUAGAAGCAGAGAUAUUUUUUUCGAAAAUUGACUACAACUGACUUAUACAAAAUACCGUAUAUCUUUUGAACUAAAAACUUUGUAGUAGAAUCGGUUCAGAUAUUUUUUGUGACUGGUACUUGAGUUAGAACUACUACAAAAAUAAUUUGUUCAACCAACUUUUUUUUAACGAUUCUUUGAGGCAUUUUGAGCCACUUACGGCAGAAUCACCCAUAUCUAUAUACUUUCCAUCCAUGCGCAGAUCGUAUAGAAUGUAAUAAUUCACCGAG